CUCUCUGUGAUCUGAUUGAAGCUGCAGAUUUUGAUUAAUUAUUUAAUUAAGAUGGGUUUAAUGGGAAUUCGCUGUACCUGGUUUGGCGUGGUUGUGCUGGCAAUGAAUAUCUUCAUCAUGGCCGAAUAUUUAAGCUUGGCCCAAGAAACGUCGUCGUCGUCGUCGUGUAUAGACCGGCUUCGUCCUUGCUUCCGGUACCUGAACAACGAGGGAGACCCGCCGGAUAGUUGCUGCGACCCUCUGAAAUGGGUGAUAAAAUCCGACCCCGAAUGCCUGUGCAGCAUGAUAAGCAUCCGGGGCACCCGUCAAGCCGAGCAGGCCGGCAUCAACGUCACCCAGGCCCAGCAGCUUCCCGGCCGAUGCGGCCAGCACGUCAACCCCAUCUCCAGCUGCCUUACAGGUUCUAAUAAUUCCAAUUCCGGGAACUCAUCAGAGCGGGGUGCUGCGAGUUCUUCUUCUUCAUCAUCAUUAAUGUCGUGUGGAAGGAGCAGAGUGGCCGCCAUUUUCAUGGCUUUGGCUGUCUCUAUCUGCAGGGUGCUCAUGAUGAACUCUGUAUUUGGUUGACCACUAAUUGCGCCAUUAAUAUUGCUU